AUGUUGUGUGUCUGUGUCCGGUUUUCUUUGAGCCAGGAAAGCACAAGCAACAACAACACGGUCCAACCCCCAGUAGAGGUCAAGUUCGUCUUCUUGUUCUUGUUCUUCUUCACCAUCCAGCUGAGCCCCUCUCUUUGAGCGCUCCCAAUCACGGACUCUUGGCCUUCCUGGGGCGAGUGUGGUUGGGUCAUUGUGCCAGACCAGGUGGUCUAUGUAUGGCCAUGGCUGGCUUCACGGCGGGCACGGCGGGCACGGCGGCUAAAGCUCUGAGAGCCCGUCAAGCCUGGCAUAUGCUGCAAGGGGGCGUGCUCUGCUUUUUCAAGCCCAACCAAUGUCCCCUUCCAGCCUUGCAAGACCAGAUCAGCCGGCAAUUGACGCAAGAGCUCAAUCGAAUCCACGCCCAAGAUCAGUGGCACGCCUACCAACACCCCACGGCCGUCACGGCCGAUUUCGCCACUGACUUGGACCAACUGGGACCGGCGCCCCCGUCAUAUCAACGCCACCCGUUAGCCUUGGGGGCGGGCUUUGAGCCCUCGGACUUGUUUCUCCACGUGGUCAAUCCUCUGCCGCAUCGAGUGGGCGGGGUAGUACUCAGUACCAUCAAUCACGCCGCAUUGGCCCAUCAAAUUGAACGAGCUCAGUGCAUCCGUACGUAUCGGGUGGAGGUCCAAUUAGGGCGGGGCACGCGUACGGGUUUCGCGGAUGGACCCGUCCAAGAACGGUCCCGCAAUCCAUUUCUCAGGCGUUCCCAGGUUGACCGCAUUUUGGCCACCAUUCAAAGUAACUAUCAACGCGAUGCCUUUGACUUCGCCCAAGUACGGCUGGACAGUCAGGCCGCUUAUGAAUUAGCCGCCCGUGGACCCAUUCGCCCGCAAAUGGAUUCCCACGCCUUAAUAUACCACUGCAAGUGCGUUCAAUUCGAGGACUCUCGCAUGGAACUCGAGUUUUCGUGCAUCAACGAGGACGAGGAUUUCAUCUUGGGAUUCAUCCAGGACCUGAGCUUGAAGCUCAAGACCAACGCCACCAUUCAUCGGAUGCGGUGUAUCCGUUAUGGUUUCUUCACCUUAGAUCACGCCCUUUUAGUCAAACACGCCACUCUGUCCCAUGUCCUCACCCACGUGGCUGACAUGAAGAGACUCGUCCACCUAAACGAGGCCACCAACCAGCCUCCCAGCCACUUCCAGAAACCGCCCGAGACUUCCCAUCCCGACCCAGACUUGGCUUGGCUGUAAUGAACUAUCCAAUAAAAUACCUGCUACUGAUGACUAUCUUUCGGUCUGGUGGAACCAAUUUUCUCUUCUGUUCCCUGUUCCAGA